UGCCACUUACCCUCAAAAUCGAUGCAAAUAAAAUUGUGGGUUUUCCUCGGAACGUUUGACAAGAAAAGCUGGUGACAGGAACCUUUACUUGUGUGUGUUUGUACGUAUAAUCAAUCAAUUAAGUUUAGAGGUGCCAUGGCUGAUUUCUUAACUUCUACCCACAGAGCCAAAUGGAUUUUCCCCCCCCAAGAACUGAAGGAGAAAUAUAAGGCUGCUAAUCAGAGAGCAAGGCAAAUGUUGGAGAAAUAUGGAGCAACAAGGGUGGAGGUAGAUAUUGAUGGGUCACUAUCAUAUCCCGAACGUCAGAAUGAAGCAAAAGCUGAAAAACAUUCACGAGCGAAACCACUAAAGACAGAAGAAGAACAUCUUAUUCGAGCAUUUUAUGAGUUCAAAAUUCAAGAUGUCUGUGACGCGUUUAAAUUUCCUCGUAAAAUACAGGCAACAGCACUUAUAUACUUUAAAAGGUUUUAUCUACAAUGGUCAGUGAUGGAGCAUCAUCCAAAAGACAUCAUGUUAACCUGCAUAUAUACUGCCUGCAAGGCAGAAGAGAAUCAUGUUUCGGCUGAAGAGCUUGGUAAAGGGAUCGAACAAAGUCAUCAAAUGAUUUUAAAUAAUGAGAUGAUUGUUCUUCAGAGUUUAGGAUUUGAUCUUAUUGUUUAUGCACCAUAUCGCUCUCUUGAAGGUUUCGUUAAUGACAUGGAGGAUUAUAUUCGUGCAACUGAUGACCAGCGACAAACUUUGAUGGCUUUGUUGGAAACUGCCAAGAUUGAAGCAGAUAAGACUAUGCUAACAGAAGCUCCACUUCUAUUCGCUCCUGGGCAGUUGGCACUAGCAGCUUUGCGCAGGUCAAAUCAGGUGCACGGAGUUCUUGAUUUCGAAAGAUACCUCAGGAGCAUUCUCUCUCGCCAACAGCCAGUUCACACUAUAUCUGAGCUCACUACUGCUUUGAACAACAUAGAUUCCGUGGUAAGUAAACUUGCGACUCCAACAGCAUCAGAUAUGAAGCACAUUGAUCGGAAGCUAAAAUCUUGUAGGGACCCCAGUUCGCAUGACAAGAGUAAAAAGCGGAAGCAUAGAUCGAAGGAGAGUCCGAGCCAAUUGCAUAAUAUGGCUUAAGUUACUUGCUGCGCUCCCCUCCUUGAGUGGAUUAAAAUUUUGUUGUUUAAAUGCGGCAACAUCUGGAGUUUAGCAAUGGAAGACUUUGUGUUUAUGUCUACUCGUUGGAACAAAGCUUGUGUCUUUCAUAAUUGCCAAAUUUAAUUAUUUUCUAUAAAUUGAUUUUAACAAAACCAUAGCAUAUUUAUUGUAGAGACACAUAGAGUAGCCUUAGAGAAAGAGUUGUAGGGGGAGAUCAUGUCUGAGGUAUGAAAAUAUGUUUGAAUCCAAGAGGGAAGAUGAUGUGUGUGCUUGUAUCGAAUGUUUCCAGUCAAAUUAUUAACUUGCAAGUUACUCUUGAUUUACUUUUAA